AUGCAGAUCAAAGUACGAACCCUCACCGGCAAGGAGAUCGAGCUCGACAUCGAACCGGACUACAAGGUGUCGAGGAUAAAGGAGCGCGUCGAGGAGAAAGAGGGCAUCCCGCCGGCCCAGCAGCGCUUGAUCUACGGCGGCAAGCAGAUGGCUGACGACAAGACGGCGGCGGACUACCAGCUCGAGGGCGGCGCGACGCUGCACUUGGUGCUUGCCCUGCGUGGCGGCUGCUGA